AGAUGUGGGGUCCCGCAUGAAAGACCCCCUUAGCUUAUUCUUACCAGCUUAGGUUAAAAACUUCCCCAAGGUACAAACUUUGCCUUGGCCUUGAACAGUAUGCUGCCACCACCAAGUGCUUUAACAAAGAACAGGGAAAGGACCACUUGGAGUCCUAUUCCCCCAAAAUAUCCCCCCAAGCCCUACAUCCCCUUCCCUGGGGAAGGCUUGAUAAUAAUAUCCUCACCAAUUGGUACAGGUGAACACAGACCCAAACCCUUGGAUAUUAAGAACAAUGAAAAAAUCAAUCAUGUUCUUAAAAGAAAAAUUUUAUUUAAAGAAAAGGUAAAAGAAUCACCUCUAUAAAAUCAGCAUGGUAAAUACUUUACAGGGUAAUCAGAUUCAAAACAUAGAGAAUCCCUUUAGGCAAAACCUUAAGUUACAAAAAGACACAAAACCAGGAAUACACAUUCCCCCCAGCACAGCGAAUUUACAAGCCAAACAAAGAAAACCUAGUGCAUUUUCGAGCUAGAUUACUUACUAACUUUACAGAAGUUGAAGGGCUUGCAUCCUUGAUCUAUUCCCAGCAAAGGUAUCAGACAGACAGACAAAAACCUUUCUCCCCCCCGCCCCAGAUUUGAAAGUAUCUUGUCCCCUCACUGGUCAUUUUGGGUCAGGUGCCAGCGAGGUUACCUUAGCUUCUUAACCCUUUACAGGUAAAAGGAUUUUGCCUCUGGCCAGGAGGGAUUUUAUAGCAUUGUAUACAGAAAGGUGGUUACCAUUCCCUUUAUAUUUAUGACAAGGGGCCUGAAUUCAUCCCUGCUGUAAUUCUACUGAAGACACGGGGGAACUGAGUCAGGGUGUUCUUUAAUAAUGGGUCUCUUUCAAGGGUACCUGGCUUUGGAAGAGCUACGGGACGAGGACGACGUGAGACUACAUCAAGGCUUGUCUACCUUCAAAACACACUGCAAGACCCAUCUGUUUACCAAAGCCAUACAGCUUGACAAGCCUGCCGACGGACCAUGGACACGUUCCAGGAUGUGUUCCAGAAGGUGGAGAAGAUUGGGGAAGGCACCUACGGAGUGGUGUACAAGGCAAGGAACAAACGGACAGGCCAGCUGGUGGCUCUGAAGAAGAUCCGUCUGGAUUCGGAGACAGAAGGGGUUCCGAGUACAGCAAUCCGAGAAAUCUCUCUGCUCAAAGAGCUUAAGCAUCCAAACAUUGUGAGGCUUCUAGAUGUUGUGCACAGUCAGAAGAAGCUGUAUCUGGUGUUUGAGUAUCUGAAUCAGGACUUGAAAAAGUACAUGGACUCGUCUCGGACAGGGGAGCUCCCGUUAAGUUUGGUAAAGAGCUAUCUGUUCCAGCUGCUGCAGGGUGUGAAUUUCUGUCACUCGCACAGAGUCAUUCAUAGAGACUUAAAGCCUCAGAAUUUGCUUAUCAAUGAAGUGGGAGCCAUCAAACUGGCAGAUUUUGGUCUGGCUAGAGCCUUCGGGGUUCCACUGCGGACUUACACUCACGAGGUGGUAACCUUAUGGUACCGGGCCCCCGAAAUCUUGCUGGGAUGUAAAUACUAUUCGACUGCAGUGGAUGUCUGGAGCAUUGGCUGUAUCUUUGCAGAAAUGGUGACAAGAAAAGCCCUGUUUCCGGGGGAUUCUGAAAUUGACCAGCUCUUCCGGAUUUUCCGCACCCUGGGCACACCCACCGAGGCAGCGUGGCCGGGGGUGACCCAGCUUCCCGACUAUAAAGGAAACUUUCCCCGGUGGGCGAGAAAAGAGAUGAAGGAGAUCAUUCCGAACUUGGAUCGGGAUGGGCGAGACUUACUGGCGCAAUUGCUACUGUAUGACCCCGACAGGCGCAUUUCAGCCAAGGCAGCCCUGAACCACCAGUACUUCUUCUGGCAAAGCCCCCGCGACCCCAAAGACCAGCACGUGCUGCAGAAACACUGCAGAUGAAAGGAUGCAGCGCCCCCUGGCCUCCUGUAUUUCUGAUGCUGAGCUCUGUGCAUCAGUGCAUUUUCCCUCUCUGGUGGCUGAGCAAAGAGGCUGGCUGGGGUUGAAAUGCCUCCGUAUUACAAAGGAAGCUGGAGGGAAGUGUUAGUUCUCAUUUAGACAGAGGUGUUUGGAUUCUAUCAGCCCAUUGCUGGGGGUAUGUGUUAGGGCCGUUAGAGCCUUCUUGAGGUAGUUGUUACAUGUGAUAGGGACGGGCCUGAGGGCACCAUCCAUCAGCCUGCAAUACUGACUGGGGGACACUAAAUUCUCACACUAGAGAGCAACUUCAGAAUCCUUGUCCCCUUGGCUGGGAGCGUAGCAAAAGUGAUGGUUGGUGCAAUGUAGAUUGCCUGUCUUUACAGCACCCAGUCCUGGCUGUAGUUCAGAUAGCCCAUUGCAAAGAGAUUUGUCAGCUUCCCUCCCAGCAUCAGGCAGUGCUUGACCUAAAGCAGCCGGGAGAGUCUCCUGCAGACAGCCAGGAGUGCCGCUGUUUAUUGCUAUUAAGAAGAAGAGGGGCUGUUAGUAUUAGAUAAGUCUUUGUAUUCAAUUGUUUAAGAAUUUUAGAGUUUUAAUUCCGAGUUAAACAGCAAGUGAAAAUAUCGUAAGAACGAUCUUCAUCGUGCGCGAAAGAGAAGCCAAAGGCUCCCACGAUGGCAACGUGUGAAGUCACACAGUUCUGGAGAACAUGCCCUUUUGCUGGCCAAACAAAAGAAGUUGAGUCACUUGGGUGGCUUUGAAAAUAUUUUACUGUUUAUCUUCCGAGCGAUUUAGCACCAGUUUUUGAUGCAUUUGUGGGACUUCUCUCCUCCAGUAAAGAAAAUAAACACUG